CGUGGAACCCUGAGUGUAUAUAUGUUGCGAAGAUGGUAGGGGCAAAGGUGCCCAACCCCGCCAUGCUAUUGGCCAUAAGUAACACCCUACACUAACAUUAUAAGCCACAACCUUGAUGUCACUCUCAAACAUCAUUUGCCAAUAUCUCACGAUAUCAUAACAACAAUAUCGAACAUUAUGAUUCAUCGCCUCCUUUUCCUCCUGGCUUUCACCGGCAUAAUACAUGCUGCACACGCCGCCUCUCCAACAAAAGUAAAACGUCUCAUCAUAGACACUGAUUUAUUCAGUGACGUUGACGGCGCCGGGGCCCUACUGCUCGCAGCCACAUCAUCUUCAGUUGACCUCCUCGCCGUCAAUAUCAAUUUCCCCACCACCUACUCGGCCCUGGCAGCAUCUGCCAUUCUGGCCCAUUAUAGUCAUGACACACCCAUCGGGAUCCGGCGUCUGGUGACCAAUGUCACCUUCUUCGAUUCUUGUUUUUUUGAAUUAGGCGAAUACACAAGCAAAGUGGCCUAUCACUGGUUUGGGGGUUCGUUGCCCUGGGGCCGUGCCGAGGACGCCCUGGGACCCAGUCGCGCUGUAUCGAAAAGUCCUCUCCGAAGACCCCGAUCAAAGCGUCACCAUCGCUUCCAUUGGAUUCUUUGAUAAUUUGUCUGGGCUUCUUAAUUCCUCGUCAGAUAUCUACUCCCCGCUUUCAGGUCCCGAUCUUAUCGCCGCCAAGGUCUCGGAACUGGUAAUCAUGGGUGGUGAAUAUCCCUCCGGCUACGAAUACAACUUUUGGGGUGGCAACCCAUCUAUUACCGCCCAUGUUGUCAACACCUGGAAGGGCAGCCCAAUCACCUUUUCCGGGUUCGAGAUGGGGCAAAACGUGACGUCUGGCCUUCGUCUGAUCAACCAAGGCCCGCGGGAUGACCCGGUCAAGGCCGCGUAUGUCUACUACGGCUACGCAACACCUCGUCCGUCAUUCGACCCCCUGACGGUGCUGUACGCAAUGGAGGGGUUGGGUGAUCUCUUUGAAUUCGGAGUAGAGUACGGAUACAACCACGUUGAACAAGACGGAUCAAACAAGUGGGUUUAUGACAAGGGAGUCUCUGGCCAGCAGCGCUUUUUUGAGACUCAAGGUGUCUGAACACGCGGCCGGUGCUGAAGUGGACAGGAGGCUGCUUCAGGCAGCAUGGUCUAAGCAUCAGAGACCAAAGUACUACUCACUCGACAAGAGCUUUGACCUGUUCUGUUCCGGAUAAUAAAACAAAGGGCUGAUACUACUACUCUGCUUCUCUCUCGCUUGGUGGUGUGCCAGCUUUCUCUGGUACCUAUUAUUCCUGUUCAACUCCCUUGUAUAAAUCUCUAAAAUACCUCGUGACACAUCCGAGACCCUCGUUUCAUUGUGCUGCACGCC